AUGAAGAACGGAAAGACUUACUUCUGGUCUAUGCUACAGGCCUUAGCAUUGUUACCUACGAUGGCUUUGAAGGAUUCACAAAUGACAACAAAGAAGUUCUCAGAAGAGCCUGAAUUCGAACGUCCAAUAGGAAACCACACGUUCUUCUUAGGAAGAGAAGCUGUUCUCGGUUGUGCUGUCACAAACCUUGGUAAACAUAAAGUAGGCUGGCUAAGAGCAGAAGACCAGACAGUCCUCACGAUGCACGACAGAGCUGUUCUAAGUGCACGGUACUCAGUACACAUGGAUGCUCCAAGGACUUGGCAGCUGAGGAUCAGGCCUUUGAGGGCAGAGGACCGUGGCUGCUACAUGUGUCAGAUCAAUACGCAGCCCAGCAUGAAGUGGCAGAUUGGGUGCAUCGAUGUUUAUGUACCUCCAGACAUCAUGAGUGAUGAGACUUCAGGAGACGUGUCAGUCCAAGAGUUGGAGAACGCGACGUUGACCUGCAAGGCGACUGGUCACCCGCCUCCAAAGAUUACGUGGAGAAGAGAGGACCAUGAACCUGUGCUGCUGAAGAAACCUCAGUCCAGGGAUUUUGAUAAAGUGGAGAGUUACGUGGGCAGUUCGCUGCCGCUGUGGCGCGUGGACCGCCGGCAGAUGGGCGCGUUCCUGUGCAUCGCGGCCAAUGACGUGCCGCCCGCCGUCAGCAAGCGGAUCAUACUUAAUGUUAACUUUGCACCUACGGUGAAAGUGCCAAAUCAGUUGUUGGGUGCUCCACUGGGCACUGACGUCAAAUUAAAGUGUUACGUGGAGGCACAUCCAAACACUAUCAACUAUUGGAUCAAGAAUAGAGGAGAGAUGUUACUUGAUGGACCCAAGUACACGAUAACAGAAGAGAAGUUGUCUUACCAAGUGACGAUGUGGCUCACCAUCAGGCAGUUCUCAAGAAAUGACAUUGGUACUUACAACUGUGUGAGUACCAACUCAUUAGGAAAGAGCGAGGGCACUCUUAGACUUUAUGAAAUAAAACUGAACUCAUACGCUGAAGAUUUCGGCAACCAGAUCAGUGUCGCUGGCGGUCUGACAGAGGCAGCUAAAGGAAGUGGUUCAGUCCUCCAGGAGAGAACACUGACUGUUGUGUUGUGUUAUGUGAUCGCGCUAUUAUUGUUAUCGUAG